AGCUGUAACUUUUAGUCAUAUCUAAAAUUUCGGCAACUUAAGACCUUCCAAUUUUUGUUUGUAAAUAAGUACAUUUUUUUUAAAUUUAACUUUACGGUUUAUGGUGUGAUAGGUAGUUAGUUUCCGAACUCGAUACACCGACAAAAACCAUGUUUCGCAAUUUGUCGAUGCUGAGGAACCAGUUGGCGCUGCACCGAACCCUUGUGGCCCGCUUGACCUCGCGCUCAAAGAUGUCCACCGGUGUUACGUGCCUCACCAUUGACCGUCCGCGAAACAUCGAUGGCGUUACUGUAAUAGAUAUCAACAUAAAUGAUAUGGCCAAGAAUGACGUGGAGUUCAAUCGCAAUUUCGUCAACUCGCUGACAUCGAUGGACCGUCCCCAUUUCCAAGAGGUGACUAACACGGUGGAAACGGAUGCAGUUGAGUCGCCACCCGCCGGAAAUGUGAUUUCUGGAGAUACCGUGGAGAUCCUGCCUACUGGCGCUCCCAGUUCCGUCAUAGGCGUGGAUGGCAACCCCAUUGUGCCCAUCGAGAUUGAUGGCUGGAACCAGGACGAGGAGGAUCCCACCGUGCAGAAGAACGACAAGGCCGUGGACAUUGGCAACGAUGACGAGUACAAGGCAGAGAUGGCGCUGCGAGUGCCAGAGGUCAGGGAAGCUCAAACCGAGUACAAGGGCAUCAAGGUGAAGCUGCCAGAGACGGCCAACCAGGAUUUGGGCACUUAUCGCUUCCGCCGCGAUUCAAAGGAUCUAAAGGAGGUCGGCGACGACACGCGUCUGGUUCGAUUUGACAAAUAGAGGAAACGGUCAACCCGUUUACCCUCCAAAAUUCGUUUGAAUCUUCUGGCCGACUUUCGCUUGUAACUUUUCCAAUUUUGUAGUGAGGUUGAGCAUUGUAACCGGAAUGAUAGCCUGGAUUGGGUUCGGUAGUAGCCAGCACUAGCAUUGAUGUAAUAAAACUUAAAUAUGUAUUCAGUUAAUGAAAGAAAAA